AUGACAGAGACCGUUACAAAUACAAACGAGAGGAAAUCUCUGUUUUCCUCUUUUUUAGAAGUCCUGGAAGCCAGAGAAAAGCAAGUGCAGGCAGAGAGGCAACUCGAAGAAGAAAAAUAUCAGAGGAGAACUCAAAGAAUAUAUGACUUUCAUGAGCGUCAACGUCGCGAGGCAGUGGAGCUCCGGCGUUGCCUGGAAUACGUGUCGCAGCACGCACAUGUGCUGGAGACCGUGCUGCGGGGCGGCGGUAGUGAGGGUGUUCCGUUGGGUGCAGCGCUGCUGAGACAGGCCGCAGCGCUGCAGCGCUGCAUGGCGCAGUGUGUGGCCAACGCAGCGCGCAUCCGUCAGCUGCUCACCGCAGCGCACCGCCCGCAGAUGGACUCCAUGCUCGCUAAGAUGGAGGCGGAGCUAAGCACGUGGACGGCGUUUCUGCAGCGCGCUGUGGACGCCACCUACAACACCGAAGUUGUAAUCGACAACCUGCACAACAUGAUCGCGGAGCAACGUCGCUGCGUGCGCGAGGUGUCCGCCAGCCACGUGUUCGCGUCGCUGUGCGCGAGCGACACGGCCGAGGACGCUGCGUCCACGCACGCCGACACGCACGCCGCGGCCACGGCUGCCACGCCGGCCACGCCGGACACGCCGCACACGCCGGCCACGCCGAGCUCGCUAGAACGACGAGCGCCUUCAGCGGUGAGCAGCACACCGAUACCGCGCAACUAG